AGACAUUGAACAACAAUGGCGGAGACGGCCGACCGACCGGCAGUAAGACGAUGACGAGGCUGACGUCGCGCGCAAGGCUCUGAUUGGCCGAGUCACUCUUUCGGAUUCGGAACGAAACCGAGCGACCCUUACGGCGUGCGCCUUGUAGCUACGCUAUCGAUCCCGGGGCUGAUGCUGCGCAAACAUAGCCUCGUCGAUCGAGCGUCGAGGUUGGAAGGGUUAUGAAAUGGUAUAUAAAGUUCUUGUCAACCCAUAUUCGUGGAAACAUCACACCCCCAAACAAAGCUUUCAAUCAUCUCAUCAAACAACGACAAAGCAAACCAUCCUCCCCGAAUCUACUCAACCACUCCACCCCUCUGUAAACUCCACGAUGGGACGCAGAAAUAACGACAGCCUCUUUGGUCUCGGCAACGUACUCGGCGGCAGCAAUGGCGGCCGGAGACAUGGACACCACCGCGGUGGAUCGGGCGGGAUCGUCCACGACGGGAUGAAAUAUGCGACCAUGUUCGGCGUUGCGCACGAAGGCGUUAAGGCGUACGAAGUUUACAGCAACAAUAAGCAGCAGCAGCAACAGCCGGUGCAAUAUCAACAACAGCCUGUGCAGUACUAUCAGCAACCGCCGCAGUUUUCACAACAGAGUGGUCGAGACGCACAUGUGCCCUGGUGUGACGGGCAGUGCGGCGGACGAUGUAAUGCUGGGAACAAUCUUUGAGCGUGGAUCAGAAACGACAUUUGAGAAUGAUUUGUAUUUAACAACACACGGAGUUAGGCGAUAGAAAGAGGGAAAUGUACUUAUGACCAAAG